UUUAGCACGAUGAACUAAUUAAAUAUUUUUCAAAUAGAUUAAAAUAUGUGCAAAUGACAAUAUGAAUUUACAAAGUUUCUUGCUGCUGGUGUGGACUCUUACAGUGAUCUGUGGAGAAAGCAGUAAAAUCGGAAUGACAAAUUCUGACGAUAUCAAACGUUUAUGCAAGGAUAUUGAAAACGUGCAGAACAAUAUGGGAAAGAAAUUUUUUGGACAAGAUGGGGACCGUAGGUUUGGUGAUUUAACCGCAUGUCCUGAUAAACGAAUUGCAACGAUUACAAACGACUACGAGGCAUGUUUAGUUACAAACGUUGCUGCUGAACAUGGUGCUACAGUUGCGUGGGCAAAUAUUCAGAAGCCAAAUAACACAAACAUAACAAGCCUUGAUGGGACACUUUAUGGCAUUACAUUGAAUAUUUCGCAUGGAAAUGUCGACACUUGCAUUGCCAUGGAACUUGAAGUGAUAAACGUUACCAUCAAGGGAAACUGGUCGUUCGUUGCUGAGGAUUGUAAAAAACUUCUCCCAACAAUUUGUGAAAAUAGUAGUGUAAAUUCUACUCCGCCGAAUAUUGGUGCCACGAACAACAUUUUUGCAGGAUUGUACAGAAAUAUAAAACUCGAACCACAUAAAACAGUUCCGGGCGAUUUGAUUGAUAUGACCAAUCCAACGACCUUAAUCGCACUUAGGUCUCAGCGCUCUACACACAAUACAGAAAAUACUGAACCAACUCCAUCCAGUCCAUUUCGGUCUGUCGCUGUUACCACAGAAAAAUCAUUUCCGGACGAUGAUUUAUGUCAGAACAAUUAUGAACAAAGAUGCAAUGGUUCCAAAUCUUUAUUGAAAAUGGAUGAAUGUUUUGUACGUCACGCGGCAAACGAAAAUACAAACUGCAAUCGCACAACUGGUCGGGGAACAUUUCAACACGUUAAUAUACACAACUCCAAUGGUGUGCCGUUGAUCGGCGUUCGUGAACUUUUAACCCUAGGAAAAUUCAGCGUAGAUCCCUCGGUAUCAUUUCCAACAGAACAACGUAAUUUUAAACUGGCGAGCGCUGAACUAAAUGGUGAAAGGGCAGAAAAUCUAAUACGUGAAUCAGUUCUAUUAUACGACCAAAACAAGAAGCUAUCUGUAUUAUCACAGCCAAUCAAUCGGAUACUUCUUAUUAAUUUAAUUGGAAAUUCAGGAAAACCUAUUAGUGCAUCGAGAAUAUCAUUUCGCUACAAAUUGGAGGCAAAUAAAACAAUAGCAAAACUUGCCAGAAGGUUGACAUUCGAGGAUGGAGAUGAAUCCUUGUUGGCAAGCACAAGUCGCUUCCUUGGACUUCAACCGCAAUGCGUUUUCAUUGAUUCCAAUUCGAAUUUCAACCGGAGUGGUUGCGAUUGCAUUCAAGAAGGGGACAUAGCAAAAUGUGUCAGUACUCAUACUACAACUUUUGCAGUCAUACUUGCUGUAGAAACAGUGGUCGUUCCACACGGAGUUAAGGUUGCUUCAAUAGCGAUGCAGUCAAUCUCUCUAGUAUUUCUUGCAAUUACAUUCUAUAUUCUUGUAAGCGUGAGAAAGAAGGUCAGAGGAGAAAGAAUUGCUAUUCAAAUCAAUCUUGUUGUCUCAUUGGCUCUCCUGCAUUUCUGGAUAUUGAUGAGUGACAUAGCUCUACAUUACCCAAUCUUCUGUCGUGCUACUGCAGUGCUUAUGCAUUUCUUUUUGUUGUCGACAGCAUUUUGGAUGACAAAUGAAGCAACUCUUCUAUUCAUCAAGACCACUGGAUUAGCGUUCGUACGUGCAAAAAGACGAAAAAUCGUAAUAACGUCGAUGAUAAUUAGCUGGGGGAUGCCUGGAAUAGUUUGUGCCAUUGUCGCAGCGAUUGGUUUUUCAAGUGGCAUAUAUAUGCAACUCAACGAUCUGUAUUCAAAAAGUGUGGGUUCGGACUCGAAUACCAUCCCCAUAUACGAUUAUUGCUGGUUAAGUGCGAUGUCUGGUAUUCGUUGGUCAGCGAUAGUACCAGUGGCUAUUCUGUUACUAAUAAACUUCCUUAUAGUAAUACGAGUAGCGGUAUUUGUUUAUCGCAAGACGCUGGAAGCAAGGAAUUUCAAGCCAAUGGAACAAGGAAAAAAUAAACACAUACUUGAUAUUGAUUACCUGAAAUAUCUUGGUGCGUCUCUGAAAGCAGCUGCGUUACUCAUACCUUCGUUAGGAAUUCCGUGGAUGUUUUUGUUUGCUGCAAAUGCAAACGACCAAACAACGCAGCUUGUUUUUAUGUACGUGAAUGUCGUUCUCAACGGUUUGCAAGGUUUCUUUGUGUUCGUGGUUUACUGCAUUGUGGGGAAAGAAGUGCGAGCAGCAACAGCAAAAAGCAUUUCAUUAUCCUUCAUUAAUUCUUGGAAUAAUCCAAGCGAAACUUUCGAAAAAUGGAGAAAAAGAAAAUCUCAUCAACCUACAGAUGUCGCAUCAACAGAAAAAAAUACAGAAAACAAGGAAGAUGUGGAAUCACCUAUGAAACAGCAUUCGACAUAAUUAACAUGAAACGCUAAAAAUAUGAAAUACACGUUGGCGAUGACUAUUUUUUACUCCCUUCGUACUUUUUUAUUUUUCAAAUAUCCUUAUAAUUGAU